UUUCAAUGGUGUAUUGGUCAUCGGUCAUUAUUACUAACAUUCACAUGAGUAUGAAUUUCCUGUAUUGCAACAUGGUACUGUAAUGUCAUAACAAAUAGCAUGGCUUGCUCUUUGCGACUUGGAUGAAUCUACUGUAUGAGCAUGUCUUAAAGAUGUCACUGAUCAAUGUUUGAAUUCAAUAUUUUUGCUUCGGACAUCUUUUUUUUUUCUUCUUUGCAUGCUCUUAUGUAAUUGAGUAGUGUGACAGAUUUUUGUUUUUACUGCAAAGAGUUUGUAAUGCAAUUUUUGUUAGUGUGCUGGUUGUAGCUUUCACAAGACGUAUUUAAAUAAGGUACUGUUCUACGGCUCUCUGAUGAUUCAGACUCUAAAUGUCUCUGUAAAGCAGUAAAAAGCUUAUUGAGUCCUGUCCAAGGGUCGCCAAAUAAAUUCAGGUGAAAAAUUGUUCAUCUGAAUUUAACUCCAGCAUAACUCCUCUAGUCAGUAAUUCAUAUUUCCGUCUUUUGGUAUUUUAGCUCUCAACAUUUUUCAUCUGCAUGGUUUUCCUUUCCUGCAUGUUUUUUUCUGUAUCAUACAACCAGCUCUUUUAAAAAAGCAAAUCUUGGUGUCUAAUACUGAUUGAUUUGUAGCUCUCUCUAAUAUCAGUUCCAUGUGCGUCUCUCUAACUAAUCCAAAAGCCUGUACCUGUUUGUUUUCUUCUUCUUGCAAUGGACCAAAGACGAUGUCUCAGGAGAUCCCCCAGUGCUCUGCAGCAGAUCAGUUGGAGCCUGAUCAGCCUCCCAACCGUUGUCCUGUGGACCGGUCUGCAAACGCAGCUUUGGGGUGUAGGAACAAGACCGAAUCGGGUCACAGAAAUGGAGAGACAACUUCAUCUUCCCCAGAGAGUGGCAGCUUGAAUGGGGAUGGAAAGCGCAGUGGGAAAAGCCGCCGCCGCAAGAAACGUUCAUCUAAUCAUGAGAACAGCACUGAAGAGAAGGUCAAAACUAAGACCAAGACCAAGACUGAAGACAAGCCAGACAAAAAUGGCAGCCAGCAGUCUGGUACCCCUGCUGGUCUGAUUGGCCUCCAGUCUGAAUGUGCUAAUGUGUGGUUUGAACAUAGUAGCUAUGAGCGUGCUGAGAGCCUCUACCAGUGCUGGUUAGCUAGCUCGUCCAAUGGGACCAGCCAGUCAAAACGGUCACCUCCAGCCCCAGAGAAACACUCAAACUCUCCAUCAGCUGUGUCUCCAUCGAUCUCAGGUCCAGAUUGCCACCAUAGAGAUCAGGUGGCUUGUCACCAGGUUGUCCAGGCAGUGUGGGUGAACAAGAAUACCUUUGACCAAGCAGAAAGCCACUUUGUUGAAGAAUCCAUGCAGCGCUCCAUUCCUAACUCUCUGGAUCUCCCAGUCCCACCCAACCGCUCCGUUGCACCCAGAACACCGGAUGAAGGAUAUCAGUCUCUAGCUCCGACUCCUGCCACCCCUGGAGUCCAGCAGGCAGCUGUCACACCAACUAAUCGACAGUCGAUUAAUGGACUGCCACGCAUCCCUGUGGAAUUACUUCAAGAUGUUUGGCUGGAGAAACCACUGUAUGACCGUGCUGAGGCAACCUUUUAUCAGAAUCUGUGCAGCAACAAUUCCUCAAAACGCUCCAGCUGCACCUCCACAUCCAGAAGCGCUGACCACCCUCAAAGCCUUGUAGAAGAGGAAGAUGAAGAAGCAGAGAGUGAGGAGGUAUUAGUAGUGGAGGAAAAACGGGUGGUCCAGCAGAGUAAAGCAGAUAUCUUUCAUGCUCUGCACCCGAUCCAAGAGGAAGAGGAGCCACCUGAAGUCGCAGAGAAAGAAGUAUCGGGGGGUGACGUCAGCUACUUCCUCCACCCAGACAGCGAGCAGGUGUGGCUGGACAAGUGGCGGUAUGAUGCUGCCGAGAGCCGAUUCCAUGGUUACAGGUGUGAUAAAGCCUCGGGGGUGAAGAAGAAAGGCCGGAGGCCAGAAGCCAAUGCCACAUCAGUUACCUCCACCACCCCACUGAUGGACAACACCAUGACUGCUGUUGACUUUCUGACCCAGGAGAAGAUCUGGUUCGACAAACCUCGCUUUGACGAGGCAGAGAGGCGUUUCUAUGAACGUAUGAAUGGCCCCUCGCAACCAGCACAGGAUGCUGGACCAAACACCAUUCUGCAAGACAUUGCACGGGCCCGAGAAAACAUCCAGAAAUCUCUUGCAGGACUGAAGACUACACUGUGUCAGAGAGGUCAGACUUCCAUGAGCCAACCCUCCCAGCUUAGCACGAGCAGCAGCAGCAGCAGUAGCACAGCAGACCAAGGAGAACUCGUCUCUCGCAUCAAGAGCCUGGAGCUGGAAAACCAGAGUUUACACAAAGUGGUUGACGACUUGAGGACGGCACUUUCCAAGCUCGAAUGUCGAGUCGCGGUUCUGGAGAAAACUCCUGCGCCUGUGCCGUCGGCUUCCACUCCUUCAGUUCCCUACACAAAUGGCACUUCCGUCCCGCAAAAGACCAGCGUUCCAGUUAAAGACGAGGACGAGGAAGAUGAUGAUGAUAUUGACCUGUUUGGCAGUGAUGAAGAUGAAGAGGCAGAACAACUUAAAGAGCAGAGACUUAAAGUGUACGCAGAGAAGAAAGCCAAGAAGCCCACCAUCAUCGCCAAAUCCUCAAUCUUACUCGACGUCAAACCUUGGGAUGACGAAACGGACAUGGCGAAGCUGGAGGAGUGUGUGCGGUCUGUUCAGGCUGAUGGCCUGUUGUGGGGCACGUCCAAGCUGGUUCCCGUGGGUUAUGGCAUCAAGAAACUUCAGAUCGCAUGUGUAGUGGAGGACGACAAGGUUGGAACUGACAUGCUGGAGGAGGAGAUCACCAAGUUUGAGGACUUUGUCCAGAGUGUUGACGUAGCAGCUUUCAACAAGAUCUGAUUCCAUGGUGUCGUUUUGUUUUCUGUCUUUUGUCACACCUCAUUUCUCUGCUGAUUUCUGUCAAUGGUUAAUGAUUAAAAACACCUUGAGCACUAAAGCUA